AUGGCGUUUAGACAACUUUUACAGUCACACUCAGUACAACGCGGUGUGUGCCUGAUUUCUGUCUUUGUUACAGCGGUCCUGUUCGCCCAAUUGAAUUCAUAUUCAUAUUCAUAUAUUGUUGCUGCAACAAUGAAAUCUGAAGAACAAAAUCAUACCAGCCUUGAUUAUAGGACAGAAAACGAUUUAGAUUCUAUAAAGACUAUCCUAGCAUAUGGUUUAACCAGAUGGCUUGACGAGUGGGUUGGUGAUAAGUGGAAUACCCCUGAUGUUUUUGAAAACUGUCCGGUAUCAAAGUGUGUUCUUACCAAAGAAAAAGCAAUGCUCAAUAGAGCAGAUGCAGUGAUGUUCAGAUGGGACGAUUUCGGAAAAUGUAGGACAAAAAGAAAAGAUGGACAAAUUUGGAUAUUAUUUGAACACGAAUCCCCAGAUUAUAAACACAAGUCAUAUAGAAGCUGCUAUAAUGACAAUGUGAACUGGACAUGCACGUACAGGAGGGACUCCGAUUUCAACUUAGUGUACGGUAAGUUCUUUCCGCACGAAACUGGAUACAAUAUUACUAAGACAUUUCAGUUACUGAGAUCAAAAUCCAAAACAGCUGUCGGCUUUAUAAGUCAUUGCGGUGCUCCUUCAAAACGAGACAAAUUUGUACGGGAGCUUCGAUCCUAUGGAAUGGACAUUGAUAUAUAUGGUAAAUGCGGGAAUCUUAAAUGUGGCGGUCAACCUGCCCAGAAAUGGAAGGGCGUGUGGAAUUUAACCGCAAAUCAUCAGGACCACUGCUUCGAUGUAUUGGAUACACGCUAUAAAUUUUAUCUAUCGUUAGAAAAUUCUUUAUGCGAAGAUUACGUCACGGAAAAGUCUCUUCACCUUUCUCUUUCUCAUCAGAUUGUGCCGCUGAUUCGCGAUGGUGCUAAGCGUUCUAUAUUCCAUCCUCCAAACUCUUAUGUUGACACAAAACAAUUCAAAAGCUUAAAAAAGCUUGCAGAGCACAUCAAUACUUUAUCAAGAAGUUUUAACAAGUAUCUAGAGUUUUUUGAGUGGAGACGACAUUAUUCCAUUGAAACAGUAAGUAAUGUGCUGCAGUCAAUAUUCUGUGACAUGUGUCAUCGCUUACACCAUCAACACCGCUACAAACGAUUGUACAAAAAUUUGAAAGAUUUUUACGUACAAUCGCAUUUAAUACACGGUGGUAAACGUAUCUGUAACAAUAGACUGAUAUGA